AUGGCUGGAGAAAAGACUCAGCCGGAACAUUUCACACCUGAGUGCAAAUUCAAAGAAUCAGUGUUUGAAAAUUAUUAUGUGACAUACUCAUCAAUGAUCUACCGUCAGCAGCAGUCCGGCCGAGGGUGGUAUCUGGGUCUGAACAAAGAAGGAGAGAUCAUGAAAGGCAACCAUGUCAAGAAGAACAAGCCUGCAGCACAUUUUCUGCCCAAACCACUGAAAGUGGCCAUGUACAAGGAGCCCUCUCUGCAUGAUCUCACGGAGUUCUCCCGAUCCGGAAGUGGGACCCCGACCAAGAGCAGAAGCGUCUCUGGUGUACUGAAUGGAGGCAAAUCCAUGAGCCACAAUGAAUCAACGUAGCCAGUGAGGGCAAAACGAGGGCUCUAUAACAGAACCUUACCUCCAGGUGCUGUUGAAUUCUUCUAACAGUCCUUCAUCCAAAAGUUCAAACUUAUCAGUGAGGUUUUCCAAACACACAGGCAGAGUUCCCUAUUCUAUCUGCCAUUAUAUCUUGUUAUCAUCCGUACUAAAGCCCCAUAAUUUAGAUUAAGCUUGUGCAAAAAGAAUGCCAAGCAUUAUCAGUGAACUAAACCUGGAAGAAGGACUGCCAAAUUUUCUCAUGAUCUCACCUAUACUUUGGGGAUAGAUAACAGAGCAAAAAUAUUUAACAGCACGAAUGCUGGUCAAUUUGCUUCCCAACUAAGAAAAUGUAAAAGACCACAGUAAUUAUUAACAAAACAAAACAAAACAAUAAAGUUAACUGCUUAAAUGUUUUGUAGGGGCAAACAAAUUCUGUGAACUGUGCUGUUUUCUUGGCUUCGUGUUUUCUAUCUCUGCUUGAUUCAAAUGUACUCUUUACUUUCAUAUAGUGCAACUUUAUGGUUUCUGAAAAUUAAUGGUUCUAUUGACUCUGUCACUUAAUCCAAAUCAACCAAGGUCAGGGUUGAAUCUGAAUUGGCAUCUGAGACUCAGAGUAACGGCGUUCUUAAGGUUUUUCCUCUUUCUCCCUCUCCUUCCUACCGUCCCUCUUCCUCUCUCUCCUUUUUCUGUUGUCAAUUAGAACUGUAGCAUUCUGGUCAAGUUCUUGUGCUGUACUUUGUGCGUAGAAAUUGAGUUGUAUCGUCAACCCCAGUCAGUAAGAUAAGUUGAAACAAGAUUAUCCUCAAGUGUAGAUUUCUCUUAAUUCCAUUCGUGUAUCACGUUAAUCUAUUGUUGUGGCUUCUUGUGUAAAGACAGGAACUGUGGAACAGUGGCAUUGUCUUUCUCGUGUUGUUUAAAUAAGAAAUGUCUCAUCUGUACAUGUAAAAGUCCUUCUGUCAUUGGAUUUGGCACGUGAACAUUGUAUACAAGACAAUGUUAAGACUGGUUCCCCCUAAACAACAUAUAUUAUACUUGCUACUGGAAAAGUGUUUAAGACUUAGCUAGGUUUCCAUUUAGAUCUUCAUAUCUGUUGCAUGGAAGAAAGUUGGAAUCUUGGCAUAGAGUUGCAUGAUAUGUAAGAUUUGUGCAUUAAUAAUUGUUAAACUCUGUGUUCCAAAAGUGAACAUAGCAUGUACAGGCAGUUUUUCUGCCCUGUGCAUAAAAAGUUAAAAAAAGUUGUUUAAUAUUUGUUGUUGUAUACCCAAAUACGCACCGAAUAAACUCUUUAUAUUCAUUCAAAGAAAAAAAA